GAACUCGAUACGACUUGGCAUUGGUAUACAUAGUACAGCUUUCGCCCUUAGUUGCACAUCAAUUCUAACAAGACAUCCUGAAUACAUCACGCCGGAUACGCAGCAAUGGAAGCAUUCACCAAAAAGACGCUCAAAACCUCUCGAGGAAUCACAUACACCUACUACACCUCUCCCGGCUCCGCUUCUCUUCCGACUCUACUCUUCCAACAUGGCUACCCCGACCAUGCCGCCAUGUGGGCACAAGUCGCGACGCCCCUGCGCUCUCUAAACCACCCCAUCAUCAUCCCGGACAUGCUAGGCUACGACGGAACAGACAAACCCACAGACCCUUCCGCCUACACCUGGGACAAGAUGACCAACGAUAUGGUCGAAAUCCUCGAUGCAGAGAAGGCACAAAACUGCAUCUCCAUAGGUCACGACUGGGGUUCCGCCGCUGCUUCCCGCUUAUACAACUACCAUCCAGAACGCGUAGUUGGCUUGGUAAACCUGAACGUCACGUACACAGCCCCAGGUCGCAAGCCCUUCAAUCUAGAUGGAGCAAAUGACAUGAUGGAGAAGGUUUUUGGAUAUCGGUUGUUCUCAUACUGGUACCUUUUCACCGCACCCGACGGACCAAAACUUCUCAAGGAAAGUCUAGAGAAGAACUUCCACAUGAUGCACGACAAGGAUGGCUUGAAAGAGUUCUUUUGCACACCUGACAGUAUGCGGAACGUCCUUACCGGAAAGACCGAACCUACUUUCAACCUCCGACCUUACGCGCAAGAUGCUGAGUUCAAGAAAACUUUCAUCGAGCGGAUGCAGCGUGAUGGCUUUGAAGCACCGGUGUGCUGGUACAAGGCUACGACGACGAAUCUGCAGCAUGAGAGUGAUGCCAAGUUACCUGAGGGGAGGGAGAUAGUCAACGUCCCAUCGCUCUAUAUCGGAUGCAAGCAAGAUAUUGUGUGCAGGCCUGAAGCCAUGUAUGAGAGUAUACAAAAGGGCUUGUUACCGCAAUUGGAACAGUCGGAGAUGAUUGAUGCGGCGCAUUGGGUGACGUAUGAGAAGCCUGCAGAGGUAGUGUCGAGACUGGAGGAGUGGUUGAAGCGAAAGUUUGCGCAGUGAAUGAUGUAGUAUUGUGAACAAAUUGGACGAACAAUAACAUAA